AUGGCAGCCACCGACCAGCUCACCCUCAAAGGUGACCCGGCGCACCUGCUCCCUCCAUCAUGGAAGCCUCAGAUCACAGCCUGGCUGGCCGAGGACACGCCGUCGUUCGACUACGGCGGCUUCGUCGUGGGCGACAAGCAGCGCACCGCCACCCUGCUGUGCAAGAGCCCCGGCGUCCUGGCCGGACGGCCGUUUUUUGACGAGGUCUUUACCCAAUGCGGCUGCACCGUCGAGUGGGGCUUCCCCGAGGGCUCGAACCUGGAUCCUUGGUCCUCCGACGGAUCCGGCGGCAAGGUCAAGGUCGCGGUCGUUACGGGCCCGGUCCGCGGGAUCCUGCUCGGCGAGCGCGUGGCGCUCAACAUCCUCGCGCGGUGCUCUGGCGUCGCGACGGCGUCCCACAAGCUCGUCUCGGCAAUGCGCGAGGCCGGCUUCCAGGGCAGGGUCGCCGGCACCCGCAAGACCACACCGGGUUUCCGGUUGGUGGAAAAGUACGGCAUGUUGGUUGGCGGGGCCGACGCCCACCGCAUGGACCUGAGCAGUAUGGUUAUGCUCAAGGACAACCACGUGUGGUCGCGUGGGAGCAUCAAGGACGCUGUGGGCGUCGCCAAGGCCGCCGCGGGCUUCAGCGUCAAGGUCGAGGUCGAGGUGCAGAGCGAGGCCGAGGCCGACGAGGCUAUCGACGCUGGCGCUGAUGUGGUCAUGCUGGAUAAUUUCACGCCCGGUCAGGUCAAGACCUCGGCGGCUAGCAUCAAGCAGCGCUGGGCGGGCAAGAGGCAUUUCCUGUUGGAGAUUUCGGGUGGUUUGACCAUCAACAAUGUGGAGCCAUAUGUGUGCAAUGAUAUCGACAUCAUAUCUACGAGCUCCAUACAUCAGGGUGUUCCUCAUGUAGACUUUUCGCUCAAGCUGGACCAUUAG